CCAAAGCUGACAGAUAUCGCCCUCUUCAUUCACGUUACAAAACUAUUUAGUUUUUUCUUGGAACAUAUUUUGUAAUUUAAAUCUACACGGAACACUUAAAUUUGAUCUCCUAUUUUUUUAUAACUAAAUGCUUUUAAUUAACUAAUUGAAUAAUAUUUAACUUUGUGAAAUCAUCUGGACUCCAAGUUGAUUGUUAAACCUUUGCCAUCUACUUUUGUUAUUGUUGUUACCUUGUUCUUAUUCUAUUUUUAUUGAUAUUCUUUGGAUUCAAACAAUUUUAACAAAUUAUGGUAUUAACUCAAGCUGAAUGGUAUUGGGGUGAUAUUACACGAGAAGAAGUUAAUGAAAAAUUAAAGAAUACUGUUGAUGGUAGUUUUCUUGUUCGUGAUGCUUCCGUUAAAGGUUCAGGUGAAUACACUUUAACACUUCGAAAGGGAGGAAGUAACAAAUUGAUAAAGAUUAUCUAUCGAAACGGUAAAUAUGGUUUUACUGAGCCAUGUUCAUUCGAUUCAGUUGUUGAUCUCAUUUCUUACUAUCGAAACCAUUCAUUGGCUCAAUAUCACCCUUCAUUGGAUAUACAGUUGCUCUAUCCUGUUUCCCGAUUUGAUAAAAGUGAAGUCUGUGAAGAGUCAGAAUCAGAGGAUAUUAAUGCUUUAUCGGAAAAAUUGAUCAAAAUAAAUAAACAGUGUCUCAUUAUUGCCAAUUCUUAUGAUAAAUACCACGACCAGUACAACAAAAUUUUACACGACAUUGGUAUGUACAAACAAGCCUUUGAAUCAAUUAAUGAAACAAUCGCUAUUCUGGAAGCUCAUAUCAAAUUGAAUGAAACACUAAAGAAAGAAGCGCUUUCACAUGAAAUCAAAGCAAUGGAAGAUCAUUGUAGGAUUUUGACUAAACGUAGAGAUGAAAUGGUCUGUAAAAGAGGUGACAUUGAGUGCAAGUUAAAGACGGCAACCAAUUUAAGUCGCUCAUUGGAUCGAGAAAUGAAUGGACUCAAGCCACAAGUUACCCAACUUCAUCGUCAACGUGAUAUACUGCAAACAAUGUUGACCAACAAAAGUGUUUCAAAAGAGGUCAUUGAAAAUAUUUUGCAAUUAAGCCUCGAUGAAGCUGAUGUCAUCAACACUGGUAUCACUGCAGGUGAACUUUGUGCCUCAAUGAAUUCAAUAGCCAACAGUACAUCCAGUGAAACAUCUUACGAUGACAUUGGAUCACCUUUAACCUCUACUCUUUCAUCACCCAUUUCCUCUUCAACUGUUACUUCAUCUGACGCAUGUAAUUAUGUUGUCAUAAAAAAUUUGAAAACAUUACCAAAAAAAGAAUCAUUACCCCAUGAAAAUGAGCGUAACUGGUUAAUUGAGGAUUGUGACCGUCACGAAGCAACCAAAAUGCUAGCUAAUAAGCCAAGUGGUACUUUCUUAAUCCGUAAGCGUCGUCAAAGUGGACAAUACGCAUUAUCAAUAGUUGUUGACAAGAUUUAUCAUUGUUUGAUCAACAAAACUGAACGAGGAUUUGGGUUUGCUGAACCCUACAACAUUCAUCCAACUCUUAAAAGCCUUGUUCUUCACUAUCAGCAAACCUCUCUGGAAGAGCACAAUGACAUGCUCCACACGACUUUAGCCUAUCCGGUAUUCAGUGAUCAAUCUAAUAUUACAGACUCAUAGUAAUAAAUUAAUUAAAUUUAAAAAACCUACUACGUUCAACUAUACAUAUUUACAGAUAUUAUAAAUAAAUAUAAAUUGCUCUGUUUUCAUCUAAA